CACCGAGAAGGGGUGUGUCAGUGAUCAGCGUGCUCCGGGAAAAUGGCGGCGCCCUUGUCGCAGGAGUUGGAGAGUUUGCUGAACCCCCAGCCGCGAUUUUGGGAUCCCGAGGAUGACGGAGACGAAGCUACUGCUGCAAAAGUUAUUGAAAAAUGUGAUGAAGGGGAAAUUGAAGAUGACGAUGGUGCCAUUAUUCUGAAGAAUCUCAAGAAACGCUCAGUAACCUUCCUUUCUGACACGGAUAAAAGGUAUCAAGGAAAGAAAACAUCUCGCAAAGAUAUAAAAGCCGAAUUAGGGGAGCAGUCUUUCUCUGAAGAUUCUGAUGAAGAAGCAUCUAAAGAUGAGGAAUUGGACAGCAAUCUUGAACUGAUGAGUGGUGAUGAAGACGAAGUAACAGAUGCUGAAGACAAUGAGUCCGAGGAGGAGGGGGACGACGAUGAUGAUGGUAGUGUUGAUGACCGUGAAAUUGCUGAGCUGGACAGCGAUGAAGAUGAUGAAGUUUCAGCUCAGCAUGACGGGGAAGAUUCAGAUUUGCAAGAUGCAGUACAAACAUUCUCCAAAGAAAAGGUUUCCUCUGAUGUUGCUAAGGGUCAAGGCAUUAAGAAUCAGAUCACCAUUUGGGACCAGCUUUUGGAAGGCCGAAUAAAAAUUCAGAAGGCGCUUCUUUCAGCUAAUCAACUUCCACAACAUGAUACGCUUGCAUUGUUCAAAGAAAAAGGGGGGACUGAGCUGUUAACCCCACUAAUGAAUAGUUAUAAAGCAUUGAAGGAGUUAAUGAGAUCUUUAGUCCAGUUGCAAGAUGAGUUACUCUUCCAGUUUCCAGAAACACGUUACCUAAUAGAUGGAAAGAAGUGCAAUGCAGACAGUGAUGAAGAAAUCCCCAGCGAUGAGGAAGAAAUGGAAAAAAGUGAUUCUGAAACCCUAAAGAAUAAAGGUGCUCCUAAGCGGAAGCUUAACAUUAGUGAGUAUCCUGAGUUUAUGGCAAAACGAUUUGCAGACUUUAGAGCCUACAGAAACACAACCUUACAGAAGUGGCAUGACAAGACAAAACUUUCUGGUAAAAUAAGCAAGGGAUUGGGUGGCUCGGAUCGGUCCAUACUGGUGCAAAUAGAGCAGAUUAUGAUGGACAAGGGAAGAUUACUGAGGCGCACACAGACCAAACGUUCACAUUAUAGGAUAUUGGGAAAAACUGAACCAGAUUCCCAUUUGCCAGAACAUGUCCCUGAUGAAGCUAUGGAAAAAUCUAAUGCUCCAAUUAAAGAGCUUGAUGAAGACAUUUUUGAUGAUGAUGAUUUCUACCACCAGUUGCUGCGGGAGCUGAUAGAGCGCAGGACCAGUUCUGUGGACCCCAAUGACCAAGUAGCCAUGGGCAGACAGUGGCUUACAAUUCAGAAGCUUAGAAGCAAAAUCAAGAAAAAAGUAGAUACCAAAGCAAGCAAAGGGAGAAAAGUGAGGUAUCAUGUCCAUAGCAAACUGGUGAGCUUCAUGGCUCCCAUUGGCCACAGCACAAUGAAUGAUGAGGCUAGAACUGAACUCUAUCAGUCCUUAUUUGGAAGAAUGAAACACCUAGAAAAUGAAAAGUCCAUGUGAUUACAGUUGGAGUUCUCA